GCACUUGGACUGAACUACAAGAAGAUGGGAUGUUCGUCAACGGACUAGGAGUGGAUUUGACAGACCUGCUGCAACGACGCGGACUGACACUUUUAGAGGGCGAAGAGGCAGAGCAACUAGACCGAGAUCAAGAGUUGCUACGAGAUUACCAAGGGAGCAAAACGACAGAAGAAUUGUUGUCUUUGCUGGGUGGGACAGCAGAUGCAACAAAGACGAACAAGAUUGAGGUGGUGUUGCAUGAGAGUGACCAAUCGAUAGCGUCGAUUAAAGGUGGUGGAGGUGGUAGUACUAGUAAAAGUAAUACUAGUUCAGCUAGUACAGGAGCAUCGAAAACUUCAAGUUCUUCAUCUGACUCUGACGCAGACUCCACAGCCUCUCCAUCCAAUUCCCAAACUUCUCUCCUCCUCACCUCCUCCGCUUCCGCUCGU